AUGAAACAUUCGUUAAUAUUCAUCACGAUUUCAACCUUCUUAGCUACAAUAAUUCUCACUCAUCAAACAUCAUCAAUAAAAUGCUUUGAUCAUCCAAAUCCAUUGAACUUUCAUCAAAAAAUUCCUGUAAAUUGUGAAUUUGCUACGAGAUCAUUAAAAACAAAAAGGAAAUCAUCAAAUGAUAAAUUUCAAAUAAAAUUCACGUGUGGAAUGGAUGAUAAAAAGCUUUGUGAUAAGGUUCAAAAAGGCUUUGAAUCUGCUGGUCAGAUCAUAACUUCAACCAUAUCAAUUGAGAUUCCUAUAACGAUUGAUGCUUCGUUUUAUGAUUUCUGUAAAACUGAUAAUCAAUGUUCCAUUGAUAAUAAUGUCGUCGCUGGUGGAGCGAAUCCGGCAAGAACAAUAGCAUUGAUGGAUGAAGAUGGUGUUGAGAGAUAUUAUCCACAAGCUUUGGUUAAACAAUUACCUUUUGAACAUCAUCCUAAUUUUGGUCCUUUUGAUAUUUUGGCAAAAUUUAAUUCAGAAGCGGAUUAUUGGUUUGAGGGAGAUGAUUCACAAAUCAAACCUGAACAGGCAGAUUUUCAAUUAGUAGUUUUACAUGAACUUGUUCAUGGAUUAGGAUUUUAUUCAAGUUGGAAUGACUUUUUCGAUUUUGUGAAUCCAAAAGGAUUAACUCCAAUUCCAAGUGUUGAAGGAGAGGUAAAGGAAAAUAUGGAAAUGAUAUUUAAUGGAUUCAUUGAAAAUAUAUUUGAUAAAUAUUUAGUCAUUCUAUCAUCAGGGGAACACGCAUCAAACAUCACAACCAUAAUCAAUACAAUAGUAAACGAAAAAGGGAAAUUUUAUGAAACUCCAAAAGAUUUUAUUGUAAAAUUUAAAUCAUCUCCACAAUAUCUUCAAUCUCAAAUUAUGUUGCAAACUGCAACAACACCAUUCGCUUUAGGAUUUUUACCUAAAAAUGCAAAUUCUCCAAGUGAAGCCAUUGUGCUUGAAACCACACUAAAUCCUUACCAAACGGGAUCGAGUCUCGGUCAUGUUGAUUAUAAAACUUAUGUGAAUACUUCUGAUUUUUUGAUGACAUACAAACAAGAUUCGGGGCUGACACUUGGUGAUUUUAUGUCUAUUGGUGGUAAUUACACUGGCGGUCCGAUCGGCCCAAGGUUAAGACAAGUUUUAAAAACAUUGGGGUAA